UAUCAGUCUCCUUCAGUUUUUGUUUCUGAAGAAUCAACCGUUGUGCUUUUAGUACAUUGAGACCUCAUAAAGAUGUCUGCAAACGGAGGAGAGAGCACUGCCAGUAUAGAAAUGGAGAAGUCCAAAGUUACUGAGAGCACUGUUGCCAUCAAGGUGACAAGCCAGGAUGGAAAGGAGACCUUUUUCAGGAUUAGACGUGAGAGCCAAAUGAAGAAACUUCUGAUUGCUUACUGCCAGAAGUUUUUUCUGAACUACCAAGCAACCCGCUUCUUUUAUGAAGGAGAUUACUUCAAUCAUAACAAAACUCCUAAUGAGCUCGGAAUGGAAGAUGAUGUUGUGAUUGAGUGCUUGGUCGAACAACUUGGAGGUGGUGGUAUGAGUUCUUCAUCAAAGAUGGCAGAUUAACCCAGUGUUUAGACACUAACAUCUAUCUUAUACUGGCAGUUACCAUGGACCUAGCUAGAUCUGUACCUGAUCUAAUCAAAUUUCACAAACUCAUGUGGAAAUCGAAAAAGAUUAAUUGGGUUUUCAAAUUUCUGGUACUUAUCUUAUGGAGAAAUGUACUGAUUACCGCAUUGACAUCAAGUUCACUGUUUGGAUCUUU